AUGUCUCCAAGUCCGAACCAAACUAUCGGCGAAACGGAGGAAAUCAACUACGGGCAGGUUCUUCGAGAUGUGGUGGCCGCUGGUCUUUCCAAAGUGCCGCGCUCUUUGGUGCGCAAAUUUCUGGCAGCCGACGUGCGGCUUGAAUGCAGCACGGCGCUGUUACGGACCAUGAGAGCCUUCCAGAACUUUGAGCCGUGGGCGCUAAGACUUCUCGACGCGACAGGAAAGUACCCCUCGGGAUUCUUGGAGGCCUCCCACGUCGACAUGGGAGCGUUCGACGAGUGCCUCGAGACCGCUGUGCGGGAUCGCAACGGUAACGUGUUGUCACGGGGCCAGUACUGCAACCUUCUUGUCUACUCUAAGAAUGCCACGGCAGUGAAAGCGAUGCUGAACUACAUGUCGCACGCCAUGGACCCGUUGACCUAA